GCAGUAGCGGGCGACAGAUCUGGCGAAAGGGGACUAGUGGUAAAGGGAGCUGAUGGAGGGGUGCCGAAAGGGUUAGAGGGCAGAGGACGGUAGACCGAGAGCGGCUCGGAGCUCUUGACUGGCUCUCCGCCCUAACGCUCUUGUGUUGGUCCCAAAAUCUCUGGCUGCUUGAGGCUAGGAUUUAUUAGUCAGGUGUGGGGUUCAGAGGGUCAACAAUCAGUUCUGCGAAUCCAGAGAUUCAGUACUUCUCUUCAGUAUCCGUGCUCAGGGCUUGGAUUAGGUAGCAAUCGCCAUCAUGCUCAAAGCUGUGAUCCUGAUUGGAGGCCCUCAAAAGGGGACUCGCUUCAGGCCUUUGUCAUUUGAGGUGCCCAAACCCCUGUUUCCUGUGGCGGGGGUGCCUAUGAUCCAGCACCAUAUUGAGGCUUGUGCCCAGGUCCCUGGGAUGCAGGAGAUUCUGCUCAUUGGCUUCUACCAGCCUGAUGAGCCCCUCACCCGGUUCCUGGAAGCUGCCCAGCAGGAGUUUAACCUUCCCAUCAGGUACCUGCAGGAAUUUGCCCCCCUGGGUACAGGGGGUGGUCUCUACCAUUUCCGGGACCAGAUCCUGGCUGGAGGCCCUGAAGCCUUCUUCGUGCUCAACGCUGACGUCUGCUCCGACUUUCCCUUGAGCGCUAUGUUGGAUGUCCACAGACACCAGCCACACCCUUUCUUGCUCCUUGGCACCACGGCUAACAGGACACAAUCCCUCAACUAUGGCUGCAUUGUGGAGAAUCCACAGACGCAUGAGGUCCUGCACUAUGUGGAGAAGCCCAGCACGUUCGUCAGUGACAUCAUCAACUGCGGCAUCUACCUCUUUUCCCCGGAAGCCCUGAAACCCCUCCGGGAUGUCUUCCAGCGAAAUCAGCAGGAUGGGCAACUCUGCCUUCCUCUGGGGGAGGACUCUUCAGGCCUAUGGCCCGGGGCAGGUACCAUCCGACUGGAGCAGGACGUAUUCUCUGCCCUGGCCGGGCAGGGCCAGAUCUACGUGCAUCUCACUGAUGGGAUCUGGAGCCAGAUCAAGUCUGCAGGCUCAGCCCUCUAUGCCUCCCGCCUCUAUCUGAGCCAGUACCAGCUCACUCACCCAGAACGCCUGGCCAAGCACACGCCAGGGGGUCCACGGAUUCGAGGAAAUGUUUACAUCCACCCAACGGCUAAGGUGGCCCCAUCGGCGGUGCUGGGCCCCAACGUCUCCAUUGGGGAGGGUGUGACCAUAGGUGAGGGCGUGCGGCUCCGAGAGAGCAUCGUCCUCCACGGAGCCACACUGCAGGAGCACACGUGUGUUCUGCACAGCAUCGUGGGCUGGGGGAGCACCGUGGGGCGCUGGGCCCGUGUGGAGGGUACCCCCAAUGACCCCAAUCCCAACGAUCCCCGAGCCCACAUGGACAGUGAGAGCCUGUUCAAGGACGGGAAGCUGCUGCCUGCCAUCACUAUCCUAGGCUGCCGCGUCCGGAUCCCUGCCGAGGUGCUCAUCCUGAACUCGAUUGUUCUGCCACACAAGGAGCUGAGCCGCAGCUUCACCAACCAGAUCAUCCUCUGAGGGGGCCUGCCAGAAGGCCCCCCUGAACUCCCAUCUGCUCCCGUGAGGCUCCUGCCUGCCUGCAUGGCCAUCCUCUGUCCAGGCAGGCUCUCCACAGAUGCACUUACGGGGAGCAACGUGGGUGGUCGGAGGACUUCUGGCCUCCCUCUCCACUCCCUAAUAAACCCGGGUGAACCCU